GAGGCCAUAUUAUUUGACUUUACUUGGACUUUGGGCCUAGUCACGUAUUACCUGAACUGGUCAAUACAAAUGAGUGACUUGCACAUUAUCACAACUGUAUCGGAUUUGUUCAAUGCAGCAGCACAUCAUGGAGGGAGACACACUGGUUGUCUUCGUGAAUGGAAUUAAGCAUGAAGUAACAAAACCUAGUGCCGAGACAACUCUUCUACAAUACCUUAGAACAGAACUAUGCUUGCCCGGCACCAAGUUGGCCUGUGGGGAGGGGGGUUGCGGCGCGUGUACAGUGAUGGUCUCUUGCUACAAUCCAACCAAUAAAAACAUACGACACUAUACCGUGAAUGCCUGCUUGAUGCCCCUCGUAGCAUUGCAUGGUUUGGCUGUCACCACAGUAGAGGGAAUAGGAAGUACAAAAACAAAGCUACAUCCUGUACAGGAACGACUAGCAAAGGCUUAUGGCAGCCAAUGUGGAUUCUGUUCUCCUGGGUUUGUGAUGUCAAUGUACACGUUGCUACGCAACUACCCCGAACCCUCUAUGUCACGGAUAGAGACUGCAUUUCAAGGUAACCUAUGUAGGUGUACAGGAUACAGGUCUAUCUUAGCAGGAUUCAGGACCUUUAGCAAAGAAUGGGCAUGCGAAAAGGGCGAGAAUUGCUGUCAAAAUCAGAAACAAGGUGAACAGAAUAGUAAGAUCUGCACAAAAACAUUCGAUGCCAGUGAGUUUGCUGUAUAUGACCAGACUCAAGAUCCUAUAUUUCCCAGUGAACUACAGAUAAAGACAAAUUAUCAUACGAAGACAAUCACUUUCACUGGUCCAACAGUACAAUGGUGCAGACCUACCAGUCUGAACGAACUGUGCCAACUCAAACAAGACAAUCCAGAUGCUGUUUUCACUGUUGGUGCGACCUCUGUCGGUAAGGAUAUCCGAACAGAGAGAAUACAGGGGCUUGUUUUGUGUUUGUCCCAUGUGCCAGAAUUACUAGAUAUUUCCUCAAAUGAUAUUCAAAUCAAGGUUGGAGCUGCAGUUACACUUGCUCAGCUGUAUGAAUACAUUGAAACCAUAGCAACUGAUACAAAUGGUGAGAAGAAACUUGGUCUACAGACCGUCUUGGACAUGCUACAUCAAGUGGGCGGACAUCAACUCAGGAAUGUUGUUAGCAUAGGAAGUAACAUUGCGAGUGGAGGUGGUCGUUCAGAUGUUCUUACACUACUCAUGGCUAUGGGUGCAACUGCAGAUAUUAUAAAUGCUCAAGACAAAUCAACAGAAUGUAAAGCAAUCUCUCAAUUGGUGGCUGAUGAUGGGAGUUGUUUGUUACUGAAACAACAGAUCAUCACGUCAGUUAAUAUUCCAUAUCUGACACAGGGUGAACACUUAUAUUGGCAUAAGCAUGCCCCAAGAACAGAUCUCAACUUAGCGACAGUGAACUGCGGGAUGAAAGUGAAACUGAAUGCAGAGUCCAACACUAUUGAUGAUCUUGUGCUGUGUUAUGGGGGAGUGGGCCCUUCCAGUCAACUUGCAUCAAACGUGAAACAAGAAACACGUGGAAAGAAUUGGAAUAAUGAUGUUGUGACAUUUGUGUGCGAUCUGUUGGAGAGUGACAUUGAUGUUACACUUAACGCAGAUGGAAGUGUCAAUUACAAGAAAGCACUCGUCUCAAGUCUUUUCAUCAAGUUUUACCUGAAAGUUAACGCCAUAAUUCAAUCACAGCCUGACCAGUCUCCUGAUAUGUCGAGUGUACGUAGUCACCCGUUGAGUGAAGCUAGUGAGGUGUUUGAAGAUGUACCUGCUGACCAAGCUGCCAUUGACACCGUAGGGAGACCUGUUGUACACAAAGGAGCACUACAGCAGACGACAGGCGAAGCAGUAUACUGUGAUGACUUACCAGCAUACAAAAAUGAACUUCAUAUUGUUUUGAUCACAAGUAAGAGAGUCCACGCAAAGAUCUUGAAGAUCGAUGCAUCUAAAGCAGAGUCCAUGCCUGGUGUGAAAGGAUUCCUCAGUUUUGCUGACAUUCCUAACCAACAAUCAGGACAUGCGGAACAUAUAUUUUCAAAUGAAGAGGUAAAAUAUGGAGGCCAUGUUGUUGGAGCAAUAGUCGCUGAAACAGAGAUGCAGGCUAGAGUUGCAGUGAAGCAUGUGAUUGUUGAGUACGAGAAUCUACCUGCAGUUUUAACCAUAGAGGAUGCAAUAAAGAUGAAUAGCAUGUUACCAAAUUGCUCAGUAAUAAAACACGGAGACGUCGAUGCAGCUUUUGCAAACGCAGAUGCAAUAAUAGAAGGUGAACUUGAAAUGGCUGGACAAGAACACUUAUACAUGGAGCCCCAGUCAUGUAGGGUUGUACCAACGGGAGAGGCUCAGGAAUUGGAGAUAAUAGCAUCUACACAGGGGUUAGCAGACUUACAGGAUGGAGCGAGUGAUCUGCUUGGGAUUCCUCAGAACAGGAUAUCCGUGAAGACAAAGCGGGUUGGUGGAGGGUUUGGGGGUAAGGAGGCUACCCCACUAUGUUUGGCUACCAUUGCCUCUAUAGUCGCUCUCAGAUUUAACAAACCAACACGGCUGGUGUUAGACAGGGCUACUGAUAUGGAAUUCACCAGUAAGAGACAUCCGAUCAAUGCUAAAUACAAGAUAGGUUGUUUGAAAUCUGGUAAAAUAGUUGCUGAGGAAGUACACUUCUACAUCAAUGCUGGUUACACCCCUGGCAUGUAUGGAUUGUUGGCCAUUGCGAGCUUACUUAACUUAGCAGCUGAUAGUGGAUACAAGAUAGACAAUUUUAAACUAUCUGCCAAUGUAUGCUUGACAAACAUAAACCCUAGCGGUGCUAUGAGGGGUUUUAUGUCACCCCCACUGGCUCUACUAAUGCAAACAAUUAUGAAUGACGUCACAGUGAAGCUCAAUUUACCAAGCACUCAGGUGCAUGAGAUCAAUAUGUAUAAAACUGGGGACCGCACUUUCUAUAACAGGGAGCUUAAUGAUGCAGGUAGUUUGAAAGUCUGUUGGGACACUUGUCUAACCAAUGGCGACUAUUACAAAAGAAAGGCAGAAGUAGACAAAUUCAACAGUGCUUCUAAGUGGACCAAGAGAGGUUUGAGUGCCAUACCAGUAUACAGGGAAUUAGGAAUUCCAGUCAGACCUUUUGCACAGGGUGCAGCACUAGUGAACAUCUACAAGGACGGUUCGGUGUGGAUCAGCCAUGGUGGUGUAGAGAUGGGACAAGGUCUACAUACAAAGAUUAUCCAGGUUGCCAGCCGAGUGCUAGAGAUACCAUGUGAGGCAAUCCACGUAUUAGGAACAGACACGAAUUGUGUUCCAAACGCCUUGAUGACAGCCGCUAGCCAUGGGACUGAUCUCUUUGGUAUGGCUGUUAAAGAUGCGUGUGAAACGCUAGUUAAAAGACUGGAGCCAUAUAAACGCAAUAGCCCAGACAAGCCUUGGGCGAUGUGGGUAAUGCAUGCCUACUUAAACUGUACUAGUCUCUCUGCUACUGGCUUCUAUGAUCGCGGACCAGAGUAUGUUCUGAACUUUCAAAAUCCCUAUGAUGGGGGAAAGGGGCAAAAAUACUUCGUGUGUGGUGCCACAAUGGCUGAGGUGGAAGUGGACUGCCUCACUGGGGCUAAUAGAGUUAUACGUGUAGAUGCCACAAUGGAUUUGGGUCGCAGUUUGAAUCCUGCUAUAGACAUUGGACAGAUUGAUGGAGCCUUUGUCAUGGCGUUUGGAAUGCUUGUAUCGGAGACCUUGGAAUAUGACGAGAAUGGCUUUCUUAAAUCUAAAGAUAUUAACUCCUACCAUAUACCUGGAGUAAGAGACAUUCCGACCAAGUUCAACACUCAACUGAUCAAUUCUGACAGUAAAGAGGCAGUGCUGUUUGGCUCAAAGGGAGUUGGAGAACCGCCAAUUCACAUGGGUAUCGCAGCAUUCAUGGCUAUUAAAGAUGCCAUUCACGCUUCCCGCAUUGACAAUGGAGUCCAAGGAAACUUUCAGAUGAACAGCCCUGCAAAUGCACAACAAAUAUUUAAAUUGUUAUCUGUGAAAGACAGUAUAGCGUAUGAUAAAUUGAAAUCUAACAUUUAAUUCGGCUGUUGACGAGUUAAGUCAUCCCAGUAUCAUGUUGAUAAUUUGGUUAGCAUCAUGGGCUCUAUCAAAAACAUUAGUAAUUUUAUUUGAUACACUAAAAUUGAUUUUAUAUGUGUACAUUGUCAAAAUAACUUUCUGCGUAAAUGAGCAUUUCCUUGUAUAACUAUAGAUUGUGUACAAUCCAUAGGCUUAGGUCGAUAGAAAUAACUUUAAAAUAAAGACGGCAUGCUAGAAAAAUAUAAUACUGGAUUCUGUCGGUGCUACCAUCUUUAUAUCGACCCAAAACCUAUGGUACAAUCAGUACAAACUGCUGUUCAAAGUUAGUGCAGAAUUCGUGC